AGGAUCCAUCAUCAUUCGUGAAUGGACGUUCAGUGCAAACACCAUUAUCGAAUGGUCUUAUGGCUAAUACGCCUAUGGAUCCUAUCAUUGUAGAUGAAGAAAAUCAGCUGACUGACAAUGCAUCUCUCAAAACACAACCUUAUGAGACGGAAGUUUGCAUUAGUCAACACUUACUCAAAUCACGCAAACGUCAAGGCAAGCGGCUGAUGGAGGCAGAGAUUGAAAACGAUAGUCAUGACUCCAAAAGAAAAAAAGAAUGGAGUUGUGAAGAAAAUUUAGUUCUUCUUGAAGUAAUGGGGAAAUAUUAUAGAAGUCUCCAUCAUAGCAAGUCUGCAAAUGAAAAGGGUCUAAUUUGGGCAAGAAUUUAUGAGGAAUUUUCUGGACGAUGUCGAGGACGUAGUAGUAAAGCCUUACGCAAGCGGUGGGAGAAGUUGACAUGUGAUUACAAAAAGUUUCGAGACAACAGCAAAAGAACGGGAGCUGAGCGGAUGGAAUUCGAAUUUGAAGAGCAAAUACGGGAAAUUGUUGCGGAAGAUCCUGUUUUUAAUGAAGUUUAUAACUCGGACAGUAGAAGCAAAAUAGAAAGUGAAACUCAAAAACAAGGGGGAGAAAAGAAAGACAAAAGAAGCAAUGCAUUGGAAAUUCUUAUUGAUUUAAAUGAGCAAAAUCGUAAGGAUAAUAGAGAAUUUCAAGAAAAGCUGUUGUCAAUGUUUGGUCAAUUAAUUUCUGCUAUAAACCAAUAA